GGGGGCAGAGAGCUAUGCUGUGCGCUGCAAACAUCAUUAGGAGGGGAGACGCUUUCCACCGUCAGCUCCGGAGCAGAGCAGGGGAGCCCUGGCAACAAGGAGAGACACAAACUCAGCAACCCGUUACACCCUACAGGAACGGUGACAGCACCUACAGACAGACAGACAGACUUGGACAGACGGCGUAGGCACCCGGAACGCUUCUCUCCCAUUGGUGGAGAGAUCCAGACUUCACACUAGGACUGCAGCGCCAGUCGGUUGUUGGCUCUCAACUAAGCAGCAGGCUCCACCUACUCCGCCCAAGUAGCUCUGCCUGCACAGGGAGUGCUGAGUCCCUGAGUCAACACACUGCAUUCUAGGAUAGUCUGGAACCCUCUCCAUGGGCUGUACCACCUGCUGACAAACCAGGGGGGUCUGGAGGAGUUGUGUUGAAUGAGGAUUGUGCUGCGUGCCGGCGGGCUUGCUUUUGCAGGGAAAUGAUUCCGCAUGAAGUGCGACGCACUCGGCCCCCCGUCGUCCUCGGCGGCAGCAGCAGGUGUGACGUCGUGACACUCUCCCCUACCACACUGAGCUCAUACUUCAGCCGCUAAAGACCCCUGGACCAAACAGACCGCCCUACCCCUCCCCUCUAACCACCCCUCCAAAUCUUCAUCUCCAUCUUUAAUCCGUACUCACCUGCUUGUUAGGGCCUGGAUUGUCUUUGUUAUCAAGAAAAAGACCUGAUUCAACAGCCUUGGGUGAGUUGGAUAGAGAGGGAAAUAGAGAAAAGAUUGGGAAAGUUAAUUCAUAGCUUAAUUCAUAGCUUAUUAAAGUGAGACACGGGACAGAUCAUCAAAAGUGAGAAAAAGAAACAGGAAAGUAUAAAACAAAGUCAGAGAGAGAGAGAACAAAAAAGAAAGAAAAAGCUAUAGUCCAAAAGUUAAGGAAAGAUAACGCAAGUUGAGGGACGUGAGGCGAAGUCAGCAUGAAGUCCAACCAGGAACGCAGUAAUGAAUGUCUGCCCCCAAAGAAGAGAGAGAUCCCCUCAAGCACAUUACCAUCUGAAAAUCGCUCACCCACCAUACCACCUGCCAGUGACAGCCAGCGCACAGAGAACAUGGCUUGGCUUGCCAGUGUGGCUGGUGGGAAUGAGAGUGCCGUGGGUGGGCACCGUAGCUCCAGUCAGUCUGAGGGGCCCCCGUAUAAAUCCCUCUUCUCCACAUCAGACUCUUCAUCCUCCUCUUCCUCACUGAGGCUAGUCUCAUCUCUUCCUACAGUGUAUACGUCCCCCCUGUCACAGUCCACAGUUGGAGGAACUGUCCAUUACACCCAACUGCCUCCCAACCUGCAGUUUAUAGCCUCACCCUACACUGCCCCAUACACAGGCUACAUCUCUCCUCAUCUGCUUCCACCUCCUCCUCCACCUCCCCCCCUCUCCUCCUCCUCCUCUUUUGUUGCACAGAGACCCUCACACACAGAGACAGUCUCUGCUCCUUCACAGGCCUCCAAACAUGACCAGCAGAGAGUGUCCACGGGGCGCACCUCCAUGCCUCCUCCUUCUACAGACCCCGCCCCUCACCAUGUUCAAUUGUCAACCUCCCCACGGACUGUGCCGUCGCCUCAUCACCAAGGAGGCAUUCACCUUCCUCCCCAGUCACUGCACCACCACCAUACUUUGGGACAUGGGAUGUCCCAGGUUGUGGUGCAGUAUGUGGAUGGACCCAACAGGAAAGAGGAAGGUGGCUCCAGACACAGAGAGCUCCACAAUGGAGAGCUGGAAAGGGGCCGGCGGUUCCCUGAGUCUAGCCUCUCCAAGCCAGGGAGCAAAUCACGGGACGCCACUUCUUCUGUGUCCUCCUAUGAGGCCCGCCAGCUGGUUCUGCCAUCAGACUAUUCUACUCGUGAUCCCUCAGGGCUGAGAACCUCUUUCAUGCUAAUGCCCAACAGCCAUGGGGACCACCAGCUGGUACCACCCAGAGCCAGCCCUGAGAAGCUGACAACCUCUGCCCCCACACACCUGGAGAAAGGUGGCAUCAUCCUGGGCCAGCCUGUCAAUCGCACAUCCACAUCCUCUAAUACCACCUCCUCUUUCACUUUUCCACCCCCAUUAAGUGUCGACAGCCUGAAAGCUGCUGUCAGCACGCUGUCGCCCCAGACCGUUAUCCAGACCACCCACAACGCUACAGAGUCAAUGUCAAUGGGGCUCCCUGCCACCAGUAUCUACCCUCAGCCACCUAUCAUUGGUUACAUCGCAGGCGGCAGUGGGAGCCAGCAUACACCAAUCAGCUACCACACCAGCCUACAACAACACUUACUCAUUCCUGGCGCCCAGCCAGUCAUUAUCCCUGUUAGUGGAGGUGGAGUCACCACAUUGGAACCUAUAACCUCCCACAUAACAUCAUCUACUCAAGCCGCACCAUUUCCUACCACACUCCCACACACAUACAUUGCUGCCACUGCCCCCAAAGGAGAAACUCUGGAAACCCCCAGCGGCUCGUAUCACCAGGCCACUUCAGGUGCAGUGGUCCAAGCCCAGCUUCAUCUCCCCAUUGUUCCGCCGGGGCUGGUUGCUUCUUCUGCUCCUCCUCCAUCAUCCAGUACGGUGGUGCCCCCCUCACUCCCCCCAUAUUUCAUCAAGGGCUCCAUCAUCCAGCUGGCCGAUGGGGAACUAAAACGAGUGGAGGACCUGAAGACAGAAGAUUUCAUCCAGAGUGCCGAGAUCAGCAGUGAGCUGAAGAUCGACUCAUCCACAGUGGAACGCAUUGAAGGGAGCCACACCUCACCCAACUUUGCUGUGGUUCAGUUCUCUGUUGGUGAGCACCGUGCACAGGUGAGUGUUGAGGUCUUGGUGGAGUACCCUUUCUUCGUCUUUGGCCAAGGCUGGUCUUCAUGCUGCCCUGACCGAACCACCCAGCUUCUGGAGCUGCCUUGCACCAAGCUGUCUGUGGGUGAUGUUUGUAUUUCACUCACCCUCAAGAAUCUGAGGAACGGAUCAUUGAAGAAGACUCAGCCCCUGGAGCUGGCCACUCCUACCUCUGUCCCAGCCUCCAGCCAUGGGCACCUCAAACCCCACAGAGCUGUCUCAGACGCUCCCCAAAGCUGCAGUGGAGGAGGCUCCAGGCACAGCGAGCGGGAGAAUGGCAUCAGCCAACAAGGGAAGGGUGGAAAUGGGAAUGGGAGUGGAGGGUGUACCAAUGUGGAAAAUGGGGAUCUCAUGUUUGGGGAAAGAGGGUCAGUUUCUAAAGGUCAGGUUGCCAGCAGUGCAGAAGCUGGCUCCAGUAAGCCAUCAAGAGGCAGGAAACGGAGAUGGUCUGCCCCUGAAGGUCGAAAAGUAGAAAAAUCAGAGGAGGAGCCACCCUUGACCCUGCCCAAACCCUCUUUCAUCCCUCAUGAGGUGAAAGUCAGCAUUGAGGGAAGGUCGAAUAUUGGCAAGUGAAGGCUAGCAGGACUGUUAAAUAACCAUUGGGAUUUGGAAAAAAAACAUAAAAGGAUUCUACAAAAAAAACAUGAAUGCCCACAUUAAUGUUUCAUUUGUCUUGGUUUUAAAGUUUUGUUUUCUGUUUUUAUUUUUCUAUCUUGAAUACUGUACUGUAGAGGUAAAUUUACCCUACAUGGUAUCACCUUACAUCAAGUCCUUGUAGUUUAUAACACAUUUUUUAUAGAUGGAUUUGAUAUCACACAAGCAAUCGGUGCCGUUUUGGUGGUUUUAAUGAGAUUACUUAUGGUGAGGGAUUUGACAAGCGUGCUAAAUGUUUAUUGGUGGCUGUGCGGCACACAGGAGCAAUGCUUGAUGGCUCUUCUUGGCUGGCUACACAUUACGCAUUAUGUAAAUUUCAAAUUGAAUUAGCUCACAGUUAGCUUCUUGAGAGUGAUUUCAGUCCCUGUGCACUGCUAGCGAGGCUGCCUGGAUGAUCCCACCACCUCUCACGCCAGUGGUUUUACACUGGGCCACAGGAGUGAUGUAACAUCAGCUGAUCCUGAGCAUGAAGGAUUUGUGGGUAAAUCAUGAAAUGUUUCAUUUUCUAAAUCAGAGAGGGAGUUGUAAUUAUUCAGUGUCAUCAGGGUGUGCCAGACCUGACCAGUGAUGUCAUCAGGUGGUGCCAGUGUGCCACACAAUAAAGGGGGAACAACACUUACUCUGUUCAGUUUGGUGACAGUGGAGUCUUGACUAUCAUCUUGAGCAUUUUAAUUUUAAAAAAAAUUUCUUAAGCCCCUCGUCUUCUAUCUCACCAGAUAGUUGUUUUCAAGGAUUGUCAAAAACUUUUUAUCAGGAGUCAUUUAGUCCUAGACUGAACCUAGGUGGGUCAAUGUUAAUGUAUAAAUGUGAGAUACCCUAACCUAAUACAUACAAGUGCAAACACACUGGGUUGGCGAACUUCACUUUAAGAAAAUGUUAAGAGGAAGACUUCACACAAUCCUCAUCGUUUUUUGAUGAAUUUCUUUUUAAUUUUUUAAUCGAGAAAGGCUGUGUGAGCGGAACCGAGAGAAUCUGCAUGUCAGUUCUGAGAGGGUCAAGAUGUUUCAAAGCACUUAACACACCUGUCACACUCACCAUACAGCCGACAAAUUUUUGUUGUCUCUUUAUUUACGCAGUACUGUAUGUUGUAUGUUUUUAGAUUUUUUUAUUUAGACAAGGGUAGAAAGUAGCAACAGCACUUUGGAAAGGUGAAGCUUUUGGAAAACUGAAGGGGUUGUUUGGUAACGGGGGAGCGGAUGUGUCAUUGGAUCACAAAGAAAGGGAUGAUUGUGACAGGUUUUGGAGAAAAUUCCAGUCAGUAGAUGGGUUAGAGAAAAAUGUAUGGUGACAAAAGGAAUUAGAAAUACGGUGGUUUUCCGCAUGUGCGCUUGUACAGCCAGCUAUCCAUGCAAAAGCUAGGGGAAAGUAUUGGAAUGUGUUUUGAAAGUUUGGGAUCUGGCGAGGAAAAGGCUUUGAAUUAUCCCAGUGAUGUUCUGUUCUAGACUGAGAGCACUGAUUAGAAGAUCACGCCACAGAAUUUUGAAGGGUGUCAUAUACUUGUUAUUUUUAUGUGUGUGUGUGCUAGAGUGUGCAUGAUGCUGGUAUGUGUCCAUACACACUCACAUGCUUACACAAACACAAAACAGUACAGACCAUCCCUGAAACUCAAUGACCUAUAAUAUGUACUGUAUUUGUUGGUAAGCAUUUAGAUGAAUGCAGAUAUUGUCCCUCCUGCAAAGACACUAGUUGACUGACAUUGGAUUAAUGCACACUGCCAACAGUACAGUUGUACAGAAAGUGCUUUGUGGUGUGUUUGUGUAUGUGUGUGAGUUUGUUUAUGAGUGUAUGUAUACUGUGUAUAGUAAAAGGAUAUAGUCAUUGGAUAUAUAGACAGUGCUAAAUGUCCAGUGUUUCUACUUGGAGUCGUACUUAAGAGAAUCUUGCAAUUUGCACAUCAGGAGGAGGGAGAAAGGUGGAGACAUAAUUUUUAAUGGCCCUGUCCUGAAACGAGCCCUAGACCAUGUAAAACACUGGAGGAGACCAGGGUUUUUGUUCCUCAACAGGCACUUGUCACAUUGUAGAGGAAAAGUUUCUACAUCAACGCAGUUAAGGUCAAAUUACAUUUGAGUUUUUACGACCAUAACCAUAGCUGUAAAACAUAAUUUUAACAUGUGCCUGCCUACUGAAUUUACUGACCUUAGUUAAAGAUAUACCAUUUGUAGUGUGUCUGAAGGAAAAUUUAUACUUUUUGUCCACUUUUCCUGCUGUUGAAACCAUGGUGUAGGGACUAGGGUUCAGUUUUGAACUCGGUUUGUGCUUUCAGCCAGCUGAAACCCUAUUUUCCUAAGAUGUAGCAGUUACCUCAACAGAUGUGCUUGCUUGGUUGUCCCAACAUUUAGAGCUUUUUAAGCAAAGCUUUGUAAGUUGAACAUCCUCACAGGCUCUUUCUUGCAUAUGAAAGCCCAAAUUCUGUUCUUUUUCUGAGCUUGGUUUUUGAGGUGAAAUGUGAAGUGUGUACCACCUGAUGAUUCUUUGAUUAUACUGCAUAUAAAAAGGUUUAGUCUCCAAAUGCGCAGAUGUUUUAUAUUUAAAUUUUGACAUAAAUGAAAAACAAAAUGAAAUUGGCAGUUAUUAAAUCUAUGAUGGUGGACACAUGUGGUCUGGGAUUCAGUAUGUUCUGAUUGUAUGGUGCCAUUAAAUGUUUCUCUCAUGCUGCAUGUAACAAUACAGUAUGAUCAUGCACAAUAGUUUGAUUAUCAUGUACAGGUUGCUGGCAUAAUGGUGUUGGUAGGUGGAGAAGAAGUGGCUUCCUGCAGGCAUAUCUGUUGAGCUUUCUACUCAGCCUCUGUAUUUAGGUGUUGUUAUAUGGCAGAGAUAUUUUUUCGUUGGCAGCAUCGUCGGGUGCCUCCAAGAGGUGGAUCAGUCGUAUUUCCAUCCAACUGAUUAUAUAGGUUUAGCUGUGUGGGGCAAUGCUGUUUCAGGUGGUGGGAGUUUACCAGGGUGAUGGCAGGAGGGAUGUGUGCUCAGAUGGAUGAGGAAUGGAUGGAUAGGUGGUUGAGUAAAUGGGCAGAUGGAUUGUGAUGGUGAUGGUGAGUGAAUGAGUAGACCCCUUAUGAGAUUUGAAAAUGAUUUAUUUUUUAUAAUAAAACAGGGUUUCUCAGAUCAACACCAUCACAUUAGUGCAUUUUCAUUUCUUCCUUUUCCUACUGAAACAUCAUGAUCAUUUGUAGUAGAAAUAGUAGUGUGUGUGUGUGUGUGUGUGCAUGUUUUGCAAUUUCUGUGUGUGCGUGGCUGUGUGUUUUGUAAAUGUAUGACCAUGUACUUUAUUUUUUGUCCAACCCCAACAAAUGAAAAAGCAGAACCACAACAUCUAAACGAACCUUUCAGCCACUCAGACCAUCACAACCUUUACAGUCAGUCAGGUUAAAAACAAAAACAUUUUUAACCAAAGCCAUAUGAUGCUUUGGUUACUUUGGAAAGCAAUAGUACAACAAUAUUGAGGCACUCUCCUCAUGUAUGAGUGGAACACACACACACACACACACACACACACAGUGUCAUUCCACUCUAACUCUCUGCAAUAAACAUUAAAUAAUAAUCCUCUAGCAUUGCAACCAAAGCAACUCCUUUCUUCCCAUAGAGAAAAUACAAUCUUGUCAUAUACUGGAAAAUGUUUUUAAAUGCUAAUAUACCUGAACAGGACUCACUUCAGUUAACACUAUUCCCCUUACCAUAAAGUACAUUUAAAUCUUUAGAAAUUGCAGUCGCAACACUAGUUGCUAGUUUUUCAGGGAAGUGUCUCAUAUAUGCAGUAACUGAACAUAACCCCUAAAACCUCCACUGUCUCAGCUGGUCAUAAACUCUGUUGUCAUGCAGGUGAGCAUAUAUCACAUGCACCUGAAAUAACCAGCAGACAUUUUGACUCCGCCCAGGUCUGCCUCUUGCCAUGACUCCCGUAAUGACCUCGUUAACUUUGUUUCAGGUACCCAAUGAUAGCCAGCCAGCCUCACAAGCACCUCCUCCUGAGGCAAAGCAAUCGAUUAACCCUCAACAACCGUUAGCUACCUUUCAGUGUGGCCUGGCCUGGAUAUAGCAGGGCUGGGCUGGACUGCCUGUUCCCCCUCGUAACAUCAUCUUUUGAUAUUCGGUCUCCUUUUCACUACUAGCUUAUACAGGUCAUUGUGUUUAUACUUCAGUGGAAAUGCAUGCUUAAUAACAGACUGCGAAACAAAGCAAUCUGAAAUGUAGACACAUUGUGAAUGCAGGAGAGGGAACUGCACAUCAUGGCAAGGUUUCAACAUUUUUUGAGGGUUUGGUGUAGUUUUAAUUUUAAGAUAAUCCCAAGUUUAACCUUUUUAUCCCCUUGAAAUGUACCACAAUGUGCAAUACUUAACAUUCUGCCCCCCACCCCCAUUGUUGUGCCAAGUGUAUGUAGCAUAGUCCUACUCCAGUGUCUCAUCCUUGUUAAUGGCUUGUGUAUUUUACUGUCUGUUGAUGUGUGUGUCACAUCUGUAAAACAAGAGUCAGGAUGUUUGUGAAGAGAAACAAAACCAAUGGAGAGUUUGUCUGUACUUCUCUUUCCCUUUUGUCCUUGCGGCCUUCCUAAAUUUGAGUGUGUGAGAGAUUGUCAUGUGUCACCAUAUGUCAUGUGUGUAGCAUGUGUGCUUAUGUACACUUGGUGUUCAAAUGUGUGUGAGCGCGUUAGGGUUGUGUGUGUGUGUGUGUGUGUGUGUGUGUGUGUGUGUGUGUGUGUGUGUGUGUGUGUGUGUGUGUGUGUGUGUGUGUAACGGAGUGUUUUCUCCUCUAAUUGUCUGUGAGAUCAUAAACCCUGAUCCUCGACGGUUCGCGGUGAGACCCACAGAAAAAAAAGAAACCUCAUUGUUAGUGGGGACCACUUUUUGUAAAAAAGACAGAGAAAAAAAGAAGAAAAAAAACCAACAACCAACCAACAGAGAUGCACAUGUAAGUAGAUGUAAAAGACUUGAUAAUGUUUCAGCACUUUCUAAUCCUAGGAUGGGCUUGGUCUAACCCCUCUGUCUCAGACCGAUACCUUCCCUAGGGGUAACAUUCAUUCAAAACAGACAGAGAGAAUGAGAAUGAAAAAUAAGGGGGGUGAGUAAGGACGAAAAAGAGAGAUGGCUCAGUUUAAGUUUUUGCACAUCACCUAGCCGUAACCUUGUGUUGAUCUGUCUGUGCUCCAUCUCGCUUGGCGCCCGGCGCGUUCUUGGGUCCAACGGGCCGAGGUGUUAGGUGGUUCCUUGGUUCUUUUCUACUAGGAAAACCUUUUCUCAUGGAAUGCAUCCCUUCUUUUGUUGUGUUUGUUUGGAAUCUUUUCCACCCUACACCAGCCAGGCUGCGCCGUCAAUUAGGUUUUGUUUUGUUCACAUUUUGAGUUCUAAUUUGGCGGAUAUGUUUGUAAGGAGUUCAGCACAGCUUGGUUUGGUUGUGUGGUGUGAAAACGGUGCGUACAAACCUUUGCUUUGUUUGCAUUAUCUUUGGUGCAGGAGCUUUUUCUGUGUUUUUGGUCUCCUUGUAGCACUCAAUAUAAUGUCAGGGGACUUAAAACUAUGUAGAGAAUGUGUCAUUGUUGAGUUUUUAUGACAAGCUUCCUCACUGGAGGAACACUGCUAAAGUCGUCUUUUUAAAAAAAAAAUUGGCUUCUUGCACAAUUUUACAAAUAAAAUGAAUGUUGGUGUGUGAGCUUUGACUUUUCGAUCAGAAAAAAAGGCAUGUGUGCUCUUUGUUUCUUGAUGUUUGUACUUUCAUUUUGCAAAAAGGAUGUGUUUUUGGCACUUUGUUGUGUUUUAAAAGUGAACAGAAUUCGAUCAGGAUUCCUUUUUGUUUUCUUUUUUUGUAUGACGUCGUCAAUGUCCAUAGCGCUGGAUAACCAACUCAGGCAGAAAGAAAAAAAAAAUUGUAGAGGCCCACUUAACAGUUUAGUUUCACCCCAAUCACUUUACAUAGUGGGCUGUUUCAUAUGAGUUAUAAGAUAUGUAAAUUUAUUACAUAUAAUUUGAUAUGAUUAACAAAUGUCAUUAUUGACAAUUAACUAUGAAUUAUUAUUAUUAUGAUAUUAUGUGUAUUAUGCUGGAGAUGGCUUGGAUUACUCUUCAGUGUACUGAACGUCUUUAUUCUGCCUCUGUGCAAGGCGACAAACACAGCAGGGGACAGGCUGUAUGGUUCGUGACCUCUGACCCUGCCACAGAGGGGGGUGGAGCUUAUCUGUCAGCUGUGGCGCAUUUGAUUCCUCCCCCUGUUCUGAACACUCAGCCCUGAGGCUAGCAACCAGUCUGUCUAGAUGUUUCUCUGCUAACCUGUGACACCAAGUACAGAACUGAAACUUUUUGGCCCAUGAGACGGUGGCAGAGAACCAGACAUCAGCACAGACCUGCACGGACAGUCUGGCCUGCAGGGGGCCACAGCAGUUCCCAGACAACUUGUUUGUACUAUAUUGUACUCACCAAGUCCCUGUGUCUCACCACCCCUUUCCUCUAUAGCAAUGGAGAAACCCUGUUGGUGUAUGUAUUUGACAUCUGUACAAAUGCACCUCUUUGAAAAAGAAAAUGAAACCUUGACAUAUCUGGAA